AUGGCCUCUCAUGGCAAGGUCCUCGACCUCUUCGAUGAUCGCUAUCUUAGGCUACAGGAUGUAGUUGGUAAUGUCGAACCACUUCCCAUGAUCAUACCAUAUGAAAGAUACACGCAAAAUCCUGUCGUCUACAGUAUGGAUACAAACCAUGCCAUCUUCCUCGCACUUCUACAAGACUUUACAGAACGCAAGGCAAGGGAGACGGGCAAAGAACUAUGGACUUGGUACGUGCAGUGGAAUGUGAAUCAAACUGCAGCUCGUCAGCUUUCGGUCAACCCGCACUCCCGGAAGAAGCCUCGUUUCGAUCAAGAACAGCCAAACCUGCCCACUGCGCAGCGAUCGCGACACAGCGCACCCCCAAUCACAGUCCGGCCCCGCAUCCUAGACCCAGAACUGAUGCACGAGGAAGACAUGUUGAGAAUCCUAGUCGAUAUCAUACAGGUGAACAGCGCUGUGGUGCCUAACUUUAUCGAAUUCUUAUACCGGUGGAUCGAUUACUACGAGGGAGAUGGGAGGGCGCUGAAAGCGGCAUUGCAUGGAGAGAUUCCGAGUUUGUGGGAUUUUGAGCAUCACCCACUCAUAGUCCCAGAGGACAUCAAGAAGAAAAUGAAGCAAGCAAGUGAAGAGACCAAAGAUGGAAAGAAUAAAGCAGGUGAUAAGACACCAACGCAUAAUAACACAGAAGAACUUACCCAAAACUCACCUACCAAGAAGAUGCGAAACAAACCAGAUCUAGCAACACUAGAGCGCAGGGCAGAAGAAAGUGAACGUCUACAAUACCGCGAAGUGCACUUUGGUAUCCAACCACCAAAGCUGGACGAACCUUUGCCGCCAUUGAUCAACAUUCCUCAAGAUUCGCAAAAACGUACAAAGUACUACGCUGCUUGCUUUAAGUCACGACAGCGCGCCUUUUACAUGCUCAUGGAAGCUGGAGUCACCCCGCAACAGAUAAGGGACUACAACCGAUGUCAGAAAGAAAAUGUUAAGGAUACUCGUUCAACUGGAGGAGAGGGUCUGAUGAACUACGAGAGAGAUGCACAAAUGGCGCAAAAAGUUUUUGAAGAGAAGGAACAGUACGCAAAGAAGCAGAGGGAAAUCGCUAUCAGUGACAGGCUGGCCGUCGAGGCUCGAGUUGCUGCAAAUAAUGCAACCUCUGAAGAAGCAUCGGGGGUUCCGCUGAUUCCUGCGACGCCGUCAUAUCCUCCUCGUCAGGAUAUGGCCGCACAGAUGUUGCGCAAGAUCCAGCAAGCCACAGACAAAACUGACCAAAAAAUCAACAUAGUCCCUGAGCCUUUGGUGGGCAUGAUGAAAAGUGAGCUCUUCGAACGAGCAAAGGAUAGAGAGACGGUAGCCAGGUACUUGGAGGAUGUUCUCUCGGGUCCAGCACAACGUCGUACCAUUGUCGGUGAAGAAGGGGGAUCUCAGACAAGUGCUUCGGAGGAUGAGAACAUGUCCAACAGCCAUGAAUCUAAUGACGAUGACGAUAGUGGCGACGCAAGCGACCGAUUGCGUAUGCCUUCUGGACCACUACCACCGCCUCCUCCCAGUCUUCCACAACUGAGCUUGCCGCAGUUAUACCCUCCCAACCCUGCCGUACAAACCAACCAAUCGUUUCUUCUUCCCCCAGAACAGCCGGAUGUACAUCAGCAGACACAUAGCCACCCUGAUUUCCCACACCUAAUUAAUCUCCCAUAUCUACCUACAUAUGAGCCCAGGCUACCUGCACCUCAUCAGCCCCAACGUCUCUCAUUACCAUAUCAGCCUCACGACCAGCAAUUAUAUGUACCUGCGCAGUAUCAUGCGCCUUCUUAUUCUGUUGAUCCGGCUUUACCAUUUCCAGUUCCACCACCCACAUUUGCACAGCAAUAUCACGACACAUACGCACCCGACCGUGGACAAUCAAAUGGAUCAUUUACACUCCCAAACCAACCCGUCUUCAAUGGUUCCAACAACGGCUUCAUGACAACUGGACAGCAACUACCCGCAAAUGUACACCCCUACCCUCCACCAACCUUUCUCCAACCCCUCCAACCAAGCAUCCACCGCACAGCACCGACCCCCCUAUCUUUCAUCCCCCCACCCUCCCCCAUGUCCACCCUCGCCCCCUCACUUCUUGUAACCUCCCCCUUCGCAACCAGCCACUCCGACCUCCCCAUCCAAAUCUACUUCCAGAAAAUCGUCUUCCCAGCCAACACGCUCGGCCCCGGCGGCGCCAAACUCGGCGACGGCGACGUCCCCGAAACCGAUGCGUUCCUACUCGGCCACGUACGUCCCGGCAGCGGCGAAAUCGUGCUGAGCAAAGCAAUCUUCUUGCCGGUGGGCGUGUGGAAGAAUGCUACUGCAAGGGUGCGAAAUGGGAAGUGUAAAGUGCUGGAGUCGUAUCCCAUGCCGGGGGGCGAUGUGGGGAGUUACCCAACGGGUGUAGCGCAUCGGGCGGCGUACGAGAAGGUGAAGGAGGCGUUUGGGUUUAUGAUUGCGGCGCCGGCGGAGCUUAGGGAGAGGGGGGUUACGAAGAGGUGGAGGGUAAGCAGGGGGCCGAUGACGGCGAGUGAGCGGGGUGCGGUGUGGGAGGGUUGGGGGGUCGAGGUUGAUAGGCAGGUCAAGAUGGGGAGGGAGGAGAGGGUAGGUGCGGUGGUGCUUGAUUCGCGUAUUGAUGGGGCGAAGACGCGUGAUUGGGAGGAGGAGAGGAGACAGAGGGAGAUGAAGGAGUGGUUCGUCGAGAGGGAUGAUGAGGAUGAUGAGGAUGAUGAGGAUGACGAGGAGGAGGUGGAGGAAGAUGUGAGGAUGGAAGAUUUUGUGACGUUUGGAGAUGAAGAGUGA